CAUCUCCUCAGUGGUCAGCAGAGCGCACACUUAAAAUGCUUUAUCUGUUUUCCUGGGGAGUUCAACUGUAGUCUGAGAACAUUUUGUCACUGCUUAUUAUUCGGUGUAGAGUUACACUAUUGUGUAUCUCGCCUGCUGUGGAAGCAGCAGUGAAAAAAACUGGCAUCAAAUUUAUCUCCCAGAGAGAGAGAGAGAGAGGAAAUAACAGUGAACGCAAAGUUCGCGUUCACCUGGAAGCCGCUCAAGGACCCAUGGGUGGUCCCCGGACCUCGCUUUGGAAAAUCUCCUUGCUGCCACAGCCUCCAACUCAGGCAGCUUAAACUUCAUGAAAAGAAAAAACUUUCCUGUCAGUGCCUCUACCGGACGAGGUGAGCCCCGGGUAGACUUUGAAGACUACCGCUGCGUAAAGGUGGAGCGGACCGAGCGUGGCGUGAAAAUACCGAGACAAACCCGCAGGUGUGUCGGAUGAAAGAACAGGAACCGAUUUGGCCCGCCGGAGCAGCUAGGACAAUAACUUUCUGUGAUGGAGUGGCGUGAGCAGUCCUCUGUCAGCUGCGACGAAGCCUACUUGGAGGCACAGAGGUGGAUUGAGGCAGUAACCAAGAAAAAAUUUGGGAGCAACGACUUCCGAUCAGCACUUGAGAAUGGCGUUCUGUUGUGCGAUCUGAUCAACAAGAUCAAGCCUGGUAUUAUCAAGAGGGUAAACAGGCUGCCCACACCUAUUGCUGGACUGGACAACCUUAACGUCUUCCUCAGGGCCUGCGGGAAGCUUGGACUAAAGGAAGCACAGCUCUUUCACCCCGGAGAUCUUCAGGACUUAUCCACAAGAGUCACAGUCAAGCAUCAAGAGACCAACAGGAGGCUGAAAAAUGUAUUGAUCACCAUUUACUGGCUUGGUAGAAGAGCUCAUUGUGACCGUUUCUAUGAUGGGCCUUACCUGAAUUUCAAGGCAUUUGAGGGAUUAUUGGGCACAGCACUGUACAAGGCUCUGCAGGAAUCGUCUAGUCAGAAAAGCAGCAACGUCAGAGACAGCGGCUUUGGAGAUAGCUGGUACUCUGAGCGAGAGGAGUUCUUCCAACUGAGAGGAGGAGGAGGAGGAGGUGGUGGAGGAGGAGGCGGUGGCAGCAACAGCAGCAGCGGACACAGGAGAGACGACUCCCUGGACAGUUUGGACUCUUUGGGCUCCCAACCUCACAGCAUCUCCUCUGACACCACUCUUAAAGGCAGCAGCGAGGGUUGUUGCAGCGACACUGAGGCAGAUUCUGUCUUCAGGAUGGCUGAGAACAGGGACGGUGUCACUUACCGCCGGUCGGUAGUCAUCACACCCAAGGCCACCGCCCAGUUUAACCAGUUUCUGCCCACUAAAGACAAACCCUCAGGCUACGUGCCUGCUCCAUUAAGGAAGAAACGGGCCGAACGCAAUGAGGACAGUCGGCGCAGCUGGGCCAACCCCAUGUACGCAGAGGAUGAAGGCACACUAACCAGAGAGCGCCAAACGCAAGAGAGUAUCGACGGGAGUAAAUCAACAAGUGAUAUCCAGGUCGACCCCGCCAUCAUCCGGCAGGCUCGCUACGAGGACCUGCAGAAGUACCGUGAGCAGAUAAAGGAGACUGAGGAUAAGUGGCAGGAUGACCUGAGCAAAUGGAAAAACCGGCGCAGGAGUGUCAACUCUGAUAUCGUGAAAAAGAAAGAGGAACGGGAGAAGAUAGAGCAGAUUACCUACGGGGGUAACAGAAGGUCCAAGACCUUCAAGGAAAUGCAAGAGGAGAGAGAAAAUAAAGGAAAAAGUAGCAUUGGCAGUCGUCUUGGAUCCCUCUCGUACCUGGACAACGACGACGACGUGUUUGAUAGACCCGUCAUUUCCCCUCGUACCAGAACCCUUCCUGCCAGGAGCUACACUAUUGACACUCCUUACUAUUCCUCGGAACCCUCUGAGCCUUCUCUGAAAGAGGACGAACCCCCUGCUGCUUCCCCAGCUACUGGCAGGGCCGCUUCCCCUCCCACCUCACAGGAAGUUGACAUCGUGGACAAUCCUGCAGGCAGCGGCGCCACGACCACCAUCACUCCCGCCAUCACUCCCGCCAGCUGCAGCUCCCAGUCUCCAGCAGCAGCUGCACCUUUACAGAGCAAUCAGGUCUCAGAGUACGCCACAACAGCCAAGACUGAGAAGACCACAACCACCGUGUCCUCUUCCAGAUCCCAGCAAAAGGUGCCCGAGCCAAGGCGCCCAUUGUCGGUCACACAGACUGAGGUGGAGGCCCCCUCGCCUGGUUUUCUGCACCAACAACAACCACAGCUCAGCUCAAUGGAACCCAAGCCUCCCGGGGUAUCUCGGGUUUCCGCCUCCCUCCCCAGGAGCUACCAGAGAUCGGAUAGCGCACGUCUAACCUCAGUUGUCACGCCACGGCCCUUCGGGACCCAGCCCUCCCGCAUCACCUCGCUUCCCCGAGCCUUUAUACCCGUACAGAUGGACGACUCUCAAAAGCGGGUCAACGGCAACAUCGAUUUUUCUAAGAAGUCGUCGGUGCCGAGCCGCUAUCACCAGUUCAUGACUUCCGAGGACGAGGCUCACUCCAGCUCAGCCCACAGCAGCGAAGAUGAGGAGGAGGAGGAGGAGGAGGAGGAGAAGGAGGAGAGGCAGGAGACUGCAGUAAAGAGCAUCUCAACUGUGCCUCCUUCGAUCAAGAGUGAAGCUCCAGUCAGUCUUGCUCCAGCCAAAGAAACCAGCCAGGAGAACUACUGCGAGAUGCGGAUCAACUUGAACCAGAAGCCCAACAGCAGCAGAGACUUUGGCUUCCAGGCAACCUGGGAUUCAACUGGAGUUCGAGUCACAUCCAUCCAGCCAGGCAGCCCAGCUGAGAUGUGCCAGCUCCAGGCCGGUGAUGAGGUACUGACAGUGAACAGGCACCAGGUGGCAGAAAUGAGCUACACAGACUGGAAGUCUCGCAUGGAGGAGGCUCUACAGGAGGGCAGUCUGGUCAUGGAUAUUCGCCGUCAUGGCCGGAACAACUGGGACAGAGAUCAACCUUCCCUGCCAUUUAAAAGCCAUAAGACCAUCAAUCUGACCAGUACGGAUCAUCCGAUACUUCUAGGUUCCCCCGACGCAAACACUGCAAACUCCAGCCUGGAUUUCACCUCACGCAUCUCCACGGAAACGCCGCCUUCCAAAGAGGCCCCCGGCAACCCAGUCAUCGAUGUGGCUUCAAACGGAGUUAAUGGAAGUUUCCGUCAAGAGCCAGUGACCAUGAGGAACAAAGAUUCAGAAACCAUAUCUUUGAAAAACUUAAAACGGAGAUCAGAGUUUUUUGAAAAAGGGGGAUCAGAGUCUGCGUUGCCAGAUAUACCUGUUCCUUCUAUCACUCCCUCCUCCAGCCGCUGGUCAUGGGACCCAGAGGAGGAGCGCAGAAGGCAAGAAAAAUGGCAGAAGGAACAGGAGCGCCUCCUACAGGAGAAAUAUAAGCGCGACCAGGAGAAACUGCAAGAGGAGUGGCUUAAGGCACAGCAGGACAUUGCCAAGAGCGCGGACCAACAAGAGCCUGGGAGCCUGGAGGUGAACAGCCACAGCAUCAGCCCACAAUCGCCCUUCAUUCCAGUCAACCAGCCCACUUCCACUCUGUGGGAAGAGGAAGAGAGAAAGAGGAAGGAGGAGCAGGAGCGCCAGAGGCAGGCAGAGGAGAAGAGGAAGAGGGAAGAGGAGGAGCGAGAGCUGCAGCGUCUCCAGGAGGAGAGGAAGAGGAAGGAAAGGCAGGAGGAGGAGGAGAGGAAGAGGAGGGAGGAGGAGGAGCUGAGGUGGCAGAGGAGGAGAGAGGAGGAGAGGGAGGAGGAGCGGAGGCGGCAGGAGGCUGCAGAGCAGCAGCGCAGAGAGCGGGAGAGAGCCUUCCAGCAGCAGCAGCAGCAGCAGUGGGCUGGUGGCUCCUAUGGCUUUGCCAAUGUCCAGCCUCCACUGUCCUUUACAGACAGGGCAAAAUCCAAAUCGUCUCCCCAGCUUGAUGAAGAGGAAAAACCCCAGAGGAAAGGUGUGUAUGUGCAGCCGGGGGGCAUGGCUCACUGGCUGCUGGAAGAGAAGUUGAGGAGCGCGCGUGACAAGGAGGCCCAGAGUCAGAGGGCCGCAUCAGAGCUGGAGAUGGAGAGGAGAAACAUCCUCAAUGCCAUGAGAUACAGAGAGCCAGAGAGAGUGACGGGCGGCGGAUUAGAUGAGAGGAAGGGUCAGCAGCCCCUGUCGCAGGCUGAGGUGGAGCGGCUGCAGAUCCUGAAUGAGAUGAAGAAGAAAACUCCGCUGCUGACGGACAGCAGCUGGAUUCGCCAGCGCUCCUCCAACCCCGCCGCCGGCAAGGAGAGUGACAUACCACCCAUGCGCAGAGGCGAGUCUCUUGACAACCUGGAUUCCUCCUACAACUCCUCAUGGCGCUCGUCAUGGACACCCCGAAGCAACUCUUAUGUCCAAAACUACACUCGGCCUCACUCUGCCCUCUCCGGCAGCACUUCCUUUCACGGUGGCGGUUCCGGGGCCCAGCGGCCCGCUUCCGCCAUUCUGCCCUCCUCCUACUCCAUGGGCUCCCUCCGAGGCGGGGCAGGAACCCCCUCGUCCCCCUGGUCCCGGCAGACUCCUUCCCCCUCACCCUCUUCUCCGUCGCCCACCACCUCUCCGGAGCCCACGUCUGAGGCGGGCGCCCCUCAGCAGCGGAGCAGGUCAGUGAGUGGCAAGAAAAUCUGUACAUUCUGUGACACCCCGCUGGGAAAGGGAGCGGCCAUGAUCAUCGAGUCCCUCGGGCUCUGUUAUCAUUUGGGCUGUUUUAAGUGCAUCGACUGUAAGUCUGACCUCGGAGGAUCGGAAGCCGGGGCUGAGGUCAGAAUACGAAACAAACAGCUCUACUGUAACUCCUGCUACAUGCGAUUCAAAACUGGCCAGCCAACCGCUAUGUGAUGUGACUGUGCUCCAGCAGAUUGAUGAAGAGACUACUUGUGACAACAACCCAUGAACAUUCAAGUGAACAUCGAAGCCAUCCUAAAAUAGCUGGAACUCUUGGCUUGGACAUACUCUCCAUUUAUGACUUUAGAAAACCCCAUUCAACUCAAUAAUGAGAAUCAUGUUUAUGUUUUUACAGUGUGUGAUUGAGAGGGUAAGCUUGCAAAAAAAAAAAGUUAUCUACUUUAAUGUGUUUCUAUCGUAUUAAGUAUUACAGAUGUACAAAGUAUAAGGGUCAUGCAUGCACCAGAGUUUUUAAACAUUUUAGCCAUGAAACUAGUCAAGCAAUAAACUGACUAUAAGAUUACAGAGGCAGAGCUUUCUUAUGGCCUUCACUGAGACAGAUUUUUAGAGAUAUUGAGAGGGAACCCCGCAGGAUCGUCUCCUCAUUUUUCACGCUUCUUCUGCUGAUUCUUGUGGUGUUAACAUGUUUGUCGACCAAGGUAUUCUUGUCAUGUGUAUGUGCCUUUUCAUUUGUACCAGGGAGAAGAAAUUAAGAUUAUUAGAAUUGUUUCAAAAAUAUAUUUAAAAAAAAGACUGUCUGUUUGGAUAGCUCUUGCCUGGAGUUACCACUGAUAGAUGGAGGAUUCCACACAGAAGCAGGUUUAUAUGUGAAGAGUAUAUAUAUAUAUAUAUAUCUAUACAUAUAUCCCAAUGAAUGGCAUUGAGGCAAAAAGUAACAUUUGUAAAUAAAAUGACUAAAUGCUCA